ACUUAAAAAAGUAAGUUUCGUUUCCUGUUCAAGCGCCUUUAAAAGUUUCCUUCCGCGGACUCAGGCGCUCACAUUGCGUGGAACGACAACAUGGAAGACCCGGACUUCUCCCUGCUUAGUUUAGAGAGCGAGCUGACCUGUUGUAUCUGCCUGAGCACCUUCGACUGCCCGGUCACCAUCCCCUGCGGACACAACUUCUGCCAGGCGUGUCUCCUCGACACCUGGACGGCCACCUACGACUGUCCGCAGUGUCGGACGCACUACGCCGUCAAGCCGCAGCUGAAGAAGAACACCGUCCUCAACACCGUGGUGGAGACUUUUAAGGAGCGCUUGAGGAACAGCGACCUGCUCGUCUCCAAAGGAGACGGCGGCGAAGCGGGAAAGGACGAACGGGCGGAAGUGAACGAGAAGGCGGAAAAAAGCAACAAGGCGGCCGAACACGAUGGAGUCCGUUGUGACACCUGCAUGGAGGCAAAGGCGAGCAAAACCUGCCUCACCUGCAUGGCGUCUUUCUGCGCGGAGCACCUGCGGCCGCACCUGGACAACCCGGUGUUCCACGUCCACCAGCUGACGGAGCCCGCCGGCGAUCUGAUGGAGCGCAUCUGCAUGGAGCACAACAAGCCCGUGGAGCUCUACUGCCCGCAACAUGGCCGCCUCGUCUGCGUCCUCUGCCUCAACCAAAAGCACAAACAAUGCACGCUCGUCUCCCCCGACCAGCAGCUAAUCCAGAAAAAGUCUGACAUGAAAAAAAUGUUGGCUCUGUUGGACAGGAAGAUUGGACAAAAUGAAUCUGUCAUAGCUAGAGUCACAGAUAAGCAGCAGGCCCUGAAGGACGAUGCCGACAUGAUUAGGUUGAACAUGGCGCUUGAGUAUCAACAAAUCAAAGACAUGCUGGCCAAUGAUGAACAUGAGGCUUCUGGCCUACUGGACCAAGAGCUGGCGUCUGCUCAGAAAAAGCUCAGCAACCUGAUGAAGUUGUUUAAAGACAACGUCAAGAGCUUAAGCAAAUCCAAAGAGGAAAUCAAGAGUCUGAUACAGCAGCCAAAAACCAUGGUCGUUCUGCAGGCCUCAGUUGACCUGCCCAGAGCUGCAACCAUUGAUGUUUAUGCCCCACAAUGCAACUUGGAUUCUCCAAAAGUGAAAGCAGCCCAAGAGUUUGCUGUUCAACUGAAAGAAGAAAUGAGUCAGAUCUUUCGUCAGCCACUUGAAAACCGACCAGCGCUUAUCAAAACAACAGAAGAAGACACCAAGGACAAUAAAGAGAAGAACACAUUUUUGCUGGAAACUCCGCCCCUUCAGGUCAAGACUGACAAGAAGACACAACAAAAAAAAAAGCUGACCUCCACGCCGAAAAAUGCCAAGGGUCAUUUAAAAAAAAAGUUUUCUUCAAUGGAGAAUCUCUUGGGGGUUGAUGGGAAAACCAAACUGAGCGCCUAUGCUUCUGGACCGCCCCUGAAAACAGGAGAAGUGAUGGACCUACCAACAAGUAUGACAGCCGUGGAGAAAAGACACAACCUUCUCAAGUGUUUGCGGGGGGCCCUGGCGCCUAUCUCAGCUACAAUCGGGCGGAAAGCGGUGUACACCCUGGACAAGUCGCCACCUCAUCGCAGGGCCAACACAGAUAGACAGACAACAUUCACACUCACAUUCACACAUUCAAAAGUUUACUCAAGGUCAAAUGAAAGGUUAUUUUCGCUUCAUUCUGAAAUGUCAGCCCAAAACUAAACAUCCUCAUUUUUUUGUGGUGUGCAAAAAAAGAAACAAGUUAAGCAACUUAACUUAACUUAGUCUACAUGAUACAGGUGUCACAUGACUAAGUACUGUCACAUGGUAAUGCGUGCAAGCGCUCUUAUUUUGGCGAGGCUUGCUUUUGUCAGCAAGUGUGCACAUAAAACGGCAGUUAAAUUGUAUUAAAAUGUGUCGUCAACAAUAUGGAGAACUGUCUUCUCAUUCCAAGUCCAACUUGAGAGGCUAGAAUACAAACCCCGUUUCCAUAUGAGUUGGGAAAUUAUGUUAGAUGUAAAUAUAAACAGAAUACAAUGAUUUUCAAAUCAUUUUCCACCCAUAUUCAGUUGAAUAUGCUACAAAGACAACAUAUUUGAUGUUCAAACUCAUGAACUUUAAUUUUUUUUGCAAAUAAUCAUUAACUUAGAAUUUCAUGGCUGCAACACGUGCCAAAGUGGUUGGGAAAGGGCAUGUUCACCACUGUGUUACAUCACCUUUUCUUUUAACAACACUCAAACUGAGGAAACUAAUUGUUGAAGCUUUGAAAAUGGAAUUCUUUCCCAUUCUUGUUUUAUGUAGAGCUUCAGUCCUUCAACAGUCCGGGGUCUCCGCUGUCGUAUUUUACGCUUCAUAAUGCGCCACACAUUUUCCAUGGGAGACAGGUCUAGACUGCAGGCGGGCCAGGAAAGUACCCGCACUCUUUUUUUAAGAAGCUACGCUGUUGUAACACGUGGCUUGGCAUUGUCUUGCUGAAAUAAGCAGGGGCGUCCAUGAUAACGUUGCUUGGAUGACAACAUCCAUCCAUCCAUCCAUUUUCUACCGCUUAUUCCCUUUCGGGGUCGCGGGGGGCGCUGGCGCCUAUCUCAGCUACAAUAUAUGUUGUUUCAAAACCUGUAUGUACCUUUCAGCAUUAAUGGUGCCUUCACAGAUGUGUAAGUUACCCAUGCCUUGGGCACUAAUACACCCCCAUACCAUCACAGAUGCUGGCUUUUACACUUUGCGUCGAUAACAGUCUGGAUGGUUCGCUUCCCCUUUGGUAGGGAUGACACGAUGUCGAAUAUUUCCCCCCAAAAAAUUUAAAUGUGGACUCGUCAGACCACAGAACACUUUUCCAAAUCGCAUCAGUCCUACUUAGAUGAUCUCGGGCCUAGAGAAACCAGUGCCGUUUCUGGAUGUUGUUGAUAAAUGGCUUUCGCUUUGCUUAGUAGAGCUUUAACUUGCACUUACAGAUGUAGCGACAAACUGUAUUUAGUGACAGUGGUUUUCUGAAGUGUUCCUGAGCCCAUGUGGUGAUAUCCUUUAGAGAUUAAUGUCGGUUUUUGAUACAGUGCCGUCUGAGGGAUCGAAGGUCAUGGUCAUUCAAUGUUGGUUUCCGGCCAUGCCUCUUACGUGGAAUGAUUACUCCAGAUUCUCUGAACCUUUUGAUUAUAUUAUGGACCGUAGAUGUUGAAAUCCCUAAAUUCCUUGCAAUUGCACUUUGAGAAACGUUGUUCUUAAACUGUUUGACUAUUUGCUCACGCAAUUGUGGACAAAGGGGUGUACCUCGCCCCAUCCUUACUUGUGAAAGACUGAACAUUUUUUGGGAAGCUGUUUUUAUACCCAAUCAUGGCACCCACCUGUUCCCAAUUAGCCUGCACACCUGUGGGAUGUUCCAAAUAAGUGUUUGAUGAGCAUUCCUCAACUUUAUCAGUAUUUAUUGCCGCCUUUCCAAACUUAUUUGUCACGUGUUGCUGGCAUCAAAUUCUAAAGUUAAUGAUUAUUUGCACAAAAAAAAAAGUUUAUGAGUUUGAACAUCAAAUAUGUUGUCUUUGUAGCAUAUUCAACUGAAUAUGGGUUGAAAAUGAUUGUAUUCCGUUUAUAUUUACAUCUAACACAAUUUCCCAACUCAUAUGGAAACGCGGUUUAAAGUAGUUAUCCGUCCAUUGAAGUGCUUUUGGUCUGAAUGAGUCCUACAUUGGUUCGCCUCAGCCAAGCUGACAUUCUUCUGGUGACGUGGAUGUGUGUUGGAGUGGUUACCGUAGCAACAGGUGAGGUCGUGAUAAAACAAUCAGGGAUGACUCGCGGGGGAGUCGUCCGGGGCGGGGCUCUCGGGCUCCGAGGCGCUGGAGUCGUCGUCGUCGUCGUCUUCGUCCGUCUGCUCGGUGCUGUGGUACAGCAUGAGGCACUGCGUCUUGUGGGUGAUGGUGACGCUGCACGGGCCCUGCGCCCACGGCUCGCCGUCCACCUGCAUGGGCAUGGUGGAGCUCUUCAGGACCAGCUGGGGAGACAAACGCUGCAGGUUAAUCGGAGAGAAUGCUCAAGGUCACGAUUCACAUUGCGAGUACAUCUGAAUCUCUUUCUAAAGAUGAGGCAUGUCACAGUCAAUUUAUUAUUUCCUCAUAGUACACUGCAAAAACUGAAAUCUAAGUCAGAUUAAAUAUCUCAAAUGAGGGUUUUGUUUGCUUAUUUUCUGUCUGAUAAGAUCAUUCUUCUCACUAAGCAGAUUUUAUGUUAAAGGGGAACAUUAUCACCAGACCUAUGUAAGCGUCAAUAUAUACCUUGAUGGUGCAGAAAAAAGACCAUAUAUUUUUUUUUUAUCGAUUUCCGAACUAUAAAUGGGUGAAUUUUGGCAAAUUAAACGCCUUUCUGUUUAUCGGUCUUUUAGCGAUGACGUCAGAACGUGACGUCACCGAGGUAAUACACCCGCCAUUUUCAUUUUCAACACAUUGCAAACACCGGGUCUCAGCUCUGUUAUUUUCCGUUUUUUCGACUAUUUUUUGGAACCUUGGAGACAUCAUGCCUCGUCGGUGUGUUGUCGGAGGGUGUAACAACACUAACAGGGAGGGAUUCAAGUUGCACCACUGGCCCGAAGAUGCGAAAGUGGCAAGAAAUCUGCCGCCAGACCCCCAUUGAAUGUGCCAGAGUGUCUGCACAUUUUACCGGCGAUGACAGACAUGGCACAGAGAUGUAUGGAUAACCUGCAGAUGCAUUUGCAACGAUAAAGUCAACGAAAAUCACAAAGGUGAGUUUUGUUGAUGUUGAAUGCCCGCUAAUCGACGCUAACAUGCUACGCUAAUCGAUGCUAACACGCUAUUUACAGGCGGUGUUAAAGCAGACAUGGCACAGAGAUGUAUGGAUAACGUGCAGAUGCAUUUGCAACGAUUAAGUCAACGAAAUCACAAAGGUGAGUUUUGUUGUUGUUGAUUUGUGUGCUAAUCAGACAUAUUUGCGCGGCGUGACUGCCAGCUAAUCGAUGCUAACAUGCUACGCUAAUCGAUGCUAACAUGCUAUUUACCGGCGGUGCUAAAGCAGACAUGGCACAGAGAUUUAUGGAUAACCUGCAGAUGCAUUUGCAACGAUAAAGUCAACGAAAAUCACAAAGGUGAGUUUUGUUGAUGUUGACUGCCAGCUAAUCGACGCUAACAUGCUAUGCUAAUCGAUGCUAACAUGCUAUUUAUCGGCGGUGUUAAAACAGACAUGGCACAGAGAUGUAUGGAUAACCUGCAGAUGCAUUUGCAACGAUAAAGUCAAUGAAAUUCACAAAGGUGAGUUUUGUUGUUGUUGACUUAUGUGCUAAUCAGACAUUUGCGCGGCGUGAGUGCCAGCUAAUCGACACUAACAUGCUAUGCUAAUCGAUGCUAACAUGCUUUUUACCGGCGGUGUUAAAGCAGACAUGGCACAGAGAUGUAUGGAUAACCUGCAGAUGCAUUUGCAACGAUAAAGUCAACGAAAUCACAAAGGUGAGUUUUGUUGUUGUUGAUUUAUGUGUUAAUCAGACAUAUUUGCACGGCGUGACUGCCAGCUAAUCGAUGCUAACAUGCUACGCUAAUCGAUGCUAACAUGCUAUUUACCGGCGGUGCUAAAGCAGACAUGGCACAGAGAUGUAUGGAUAACCUGAAGAUGCAUUUGCAACGAUAAAGUCAACGAAAUCACAAAGGUGAGUUUUGUUGUUGUUGAUUUAUGUGCUAAUCAGACAUAUUUGCGCGGCGUGACUGCCAGCUAAUUGAUGCUAACAUGCUACGUUAAUCGAUGCUAACAUGCUAUUUACCGGCGGUUCUAAAGCAGACAUGGCACAGAGAUGUAUGGAUAACCUGUAGAUGCAUUUGCAACGAUAAAGUCAACGAAAUCACAAAGGUGAGUUUUGUUGAUGUUGACUGCCAGCUAAUCGACGCUAACAUGUUAUGCUAAUUGAUGCUAACAUGCUAUUUACCUGCGGUGCUAAAGCAGACAUGGCACAGAGAUGUAUGGAUAACCUGUAGAUGCAUUUGCAACUAUAUUACAUCCCCUUCCACCCACAUUUAAUGCAAAAAAAAACACUUACCAAUCGGCGGAUUUAAGUUGCUCCAGUGUCACAAGAUUCCAAAGUCCCGAUUGUUUGGUCCGCACAUUUUACCGGCGAUGCUAACGCAGCUAUUCGGCCAUGCUAUGGCUAUGAAUAGCGUCAAUAGCUAUUCGCUCAAUAGCUUCAGUUUCUUCUUCAAUACUUUCAUACUCCAACCAUCUGUUUCAAUACAUGCAUAAUCUGUUGAAUCGCUGAAGUCGCUGAAAUCCGAGUCUGAAUCCGAGCUAAUGUCGCUAUAUCUUGCUGUGCUAUUCGCUAUUGUUUGUUUACAUUGGCAGCACUGUAUGACGUCACAGGGAAAUGGAUAGUCGCAUCGCAAAUAGCGAAAAUCAAACACUUUAAAGCUUUUUUUUAGGGAUAUUCCGGGACCGGUAAAAUUAAAAAUAAAACUUCAAAAAAUACAACAAGCCACUGAGAACUGAUUGUUGUUGUUUUUAACCCUUUUGAAAUCGUGAUAAUGUUCCCCUUUAAGGGUUCUGGUCCUAAAUGAUCUCAGUAAGAUAGUACAGCUUGUUGCUGAGAUGUGAUGACCUAUAUUGAGUAAAACAUAUCAAAUGUUGCAUAGCUGUGUCAUCAACACUCACAAGUAGAGAUGUCCGAUAAUACCGGGCUGCCGAUAUUACCGGCCGAUAAAUGCUUUAAAAUGUAAUAUCGGAAAUUAUUGGUUUCAAAAAGUUAAAUUCCUGACUUUUUAAAACUCUGCUGUGUACACGGACGUAGGGAGAAGUACAGAGCGCCAUUGAACCUUUAAGGCACUGCCUUUGUGUGCCGACCCAAUCACAUAAUAUCUACGACUUUCACACACAAAUGAAUGUAAGUCAUACUUGGUCAACAGCCAUACAGGUCACACUGAGGGUGGCCGCAUAAACAACUUUAACACUCUUACAAAUAUGCGCCACACUGUGAACCCACACCAAAACACAUUUUGGGAGAACAUCCGCACCGUAACACAACAGAAAACAAAUACCCAGAACCCCUUGCAGCACUAUCUCGCUACAAUAUACACCCCCCGCUAUCCCCUACUCGCCCACCUCAGGGAGAGCAUGUCCAAAAUUCCAAGCUGCUGUUGUGAGGCAUGUUAAAAAAAAAUAAUGCACUUUGUGAUUUCAAUAAUAAAUAUGGCAGUGCCAUGUUGGCAUUUUUUUUCCAUAACUUGAGUUGAUUUAUUUUGGAAAACCUUGUUACAUUGUUUAAUGCAUCCAGCGGGGCAUCACAACAAAAUUAGGGCAUAAUAAUGUGUUCAUUCCACCACUGUAUAUAUCGGUAAUUAAGAGUUGGACAAUAUCGGAUAUCGGCAAAAAAGCCAUUAUCGGACAUCUCCACUCACAAGUAUAAAACUACUUUUUUAAAGUAAUUAUUUCUUUUUUCAAGCAUGAACAAAAAAAUCAUGACUUUGACACAAUUGUGUCUGAUAUUCAAACAGAUGACAGCCAAAUGGACUUUUGCUGUUUUAUUUGCAACAAAACAAUAGAAAAUAAAUACUCAUAUAGUAGUACACUUGUUAUUAUUGAGAAUAUACUUAUUUUAAGGUAUUUCUGGGUUCAUUGAGGUUAGCUUAUUUUACUUGUUUUGGGAAGUCUUGACAAGCCAUUUUUUUCUUGUUCUAUUGGCAGAUAAUUUUGCUUAGUUCAAAUAAAAUACCCCUAAUUUUUGUAUUUUUUUUAAUAGUUUUUGAACACUGAAUGUUUGCAGUGUACACCUGCUGAACAAAUUUAAGUGAGGAAACAUUUCUUUAGAAUGUUGCCUAUCAUUUACAAUCAUUUCUUUUGAUUCAUUUUAAGUAUGAAAUAAAUGUAAAUAAAAGUCAGCUCACCACGGAGCCAAUGGGAGAGCCACUAUUCUGCCAAUAAAAUUCGAUAAAUAAAAUAGCCAUUCAAAAAGCGACAACAAUACUCCAUUUACAUUUCAUGACUUGAAUAUUAAGUAAUUAUAAGUGAUAUUGUUACUAAUACAACUUUUUUUUAGCUGUGACAGGACAUCAUCGUGUGGUCUGCUGUUUCCUCGCUUCCCUGCUCCCUGUGAGUUUAUUGUAGAUCCUGUGUGUCAAAGUCUAGGCAGGCGGCUGUGGCCCAAGGGAAGAUAUUUGAUUAGUGUUAGAAGCGGCCCGCAAGCCACAGCCGCAUGCUGCUGCUGUUUGGCACGCACCAAUACUCCAUCAGUGUUGGCGCUAGAAAUUUUAAAAAUGGGGGUCCCCGGGACCCCAUCAAGUCAUAAAAAUAGGGUCUCACUGUACAUUUUUAGUGGUCCCACUCUUUUUGUAAGUGUUUUGAAAACAAAUUAUACAUGUACGAAUCAUCCCGUUAUAGCUCACAUUCUAUAUUGUGUUUUGGAAAAAGAUUGUCAUAAAGGUUCAUUUAUUUUUUUUAAAGUAUGCAAAAGAAAACACAUUUUUAUGCUUAUGUAAAUGUAUUCAGUUGUAAACAUUCAUGAGCUUUCUUCUUACCUUCAUGGAUCUAAACUUUACCGCUGACUGUAUUUUUUUCUUUGUUUUUUUUAUUAGAAUAUUUUCAGAAUGUGUUUUUUCUAUUUUUGGCCAAAGUAACACAAAAACAACAAUCUGAAGUUGUCUUUAUUUUUUAGUUGGAAUGCCUUGAUGUUAAUGAACCGGCCCCACGUGUGCACAGAUUUUCCUCCAUGAGCUAAAAUGAGUUUGACAACUAUCAGGUUCAAACCCUGAUGACAACUAUUAAACAAGAAAAGAAGCAAGGAAUUAAACAGAGACAGAAUUAAAUUUGGCUCAAUGAGGAGAAACGCGUAGACACCGUACCUUUGUACAGUGUCGUCCCACGCUCCUAACGAAAGAUUGUACACUCCCUCUUCUAUUUGGACUUUCCCUGAUUACAUGGCAGCAGCUGUUUCUACAUGGCAACAGCUGUUUCUAAAUGUACGGGGGUCGUAAACAGCAAUCGCCUUUGAUUACAAACAGUUCAAAGAAAAGGUGCCUUGUGGGGAGUCAGACCCUGCUUCCUCUCCACUUUGUAGUUCUUGGGUUAAGACAAAAUCUCUCUGCGGAUUACAAUACAUCAAAGAAACAGCUGCAGACUAUGGUUUGUCAUCAGCACGCAAUCGAGCUAAAAGAUGAGCUAUCUUAAAAGUAAACUCAUGACAAACACCUCAAGUCCCUUUAAUAGUACUCCUCUGUACACAGUAUGUAGAGUAUUUAUAGUACACAGUACACACAAGGGGAGGAUUGGACUUAAUAGAAGCUCAUAGAAGGACUGGGAUGAUCAGAAAAUUACACUGUCAGCAACAUUUUGUGUGUGUUCGUGUUCUUGUAUUUCUACCCUUCUUUGAGACACCAACAAGGAAAAGUUCCGUCCACAUGAGGACCGGUGAACAAGUUAGGACAUAAAUCACGGUCCCAUUACAGAAAACCAUUGCUUCUAAUAGAGAAUGUCUCAUUUGCACCCCUGGUGGUGAUAUCUAUUACAAUGAGGGUGGUCAAAAAAAGGAGUUUUUUUUUCUAAUUGACUGUGUCAGUUUUAUAAGUGCUCCCCCUCUGGCCAACAUAUGAAAUAACAAGUGAUGGUAAGAAAUUGAAAUGCGCCCCUUUUGGCCAAAAUUAAUUAAAAACAUAAAAUAUGUAUAUAGAGACAUACUGUAAAAACCUGAAGUAAAUAAUUAGGAUUAAAAACCAAUCCCAUCCAUCCAUCCAUUUUCUACCGCUUAUUCUCUUUUGGGGUUGCGGGGGGCGCUGGUGCCUAUCUCAGCUACAAUCGGGUGGAAGGCGAUUACAAACAAAAAAUAAAAAAAUAAAUAAACUAAACGUGGUCUUUUUCGCACAAUGUGUCGACUUUUUUUCUCAUAUAAUUGGUAACUAUUUCUCAUAUUAUUUCUGCUUCUGUAAUAUUGUGAAUAUUUAGUUUUUAAAUUAUUUCCUUUUUUAUGUGAAAUUAUAAAUUUUUAAUGCAAAAUGGUGACAUUUGUCAUAAAAUUUUGACUUUCAUCACAAUAUUGCAUAUUUUUGUUGUUCUUUUAACUUGUAAUUUUUUAAGUAAAAUGACUUUUGUAAAAGUAAAAUUCUGAUUUUUAUUAUAAUAUUGCCAAAAUGUUGAAGUUUUCUUAUAAAAUUGUGACUUUCGUGGAGUAAAAUUACGACUAUUUUCAUAAAAUUGCUUCUCUUGUGAAAUUGCAACUUUUAUUGUGUAAUAUUCCAACUUUUCUCAUAAUAUUUCACAAAUGUUCAGUUUUUAUGGUCAAAUUUUGACUUGCGUUGAGUAAAAAGACAACUUUUAUUAUAAAAAUGCCAAAAUUCCAAGUUUUUCUUGUGAAAUUGUGACCUUUUUCAUGUGAUAUUGUGUGUGUGUGUUCUUCUAUUUCCACCCUACCUAAGACACCAACAAGGAAAACUGCCGUCCAUAUGAGGAGGUGUGAACAAGUUAGGACAUAAAUCAUGGUCCCAAUACAGAAAACCAUUGGAUCUAAUAGAAAAUGUCUCAUGUCUCAUUAGCACCCCUGGUGGUGAAAUCAAAAUGAGGGUGGUCCCAAAAAGAAGGUUUUUUUUCUAAUUGAUUGUGUGUCGGUUUUAAAAGUGCUCCCCCUCCGGUCAACAUAUGAAAUAACAAGUGUGUGUAAGAAAUUGAAAUGCGCCCCUUUUGGCCAAAAUUAAUAAAAAACAUACAAUAUGUAUAUAGAGACAUACUGUAAUAACGAAGUAAAUAAUGAUUAAAAAACAAUUACAAAAAAAAUUAAAAAUAACUAAAAGUAGUCUUUCUCACAAUGUGUCAACUUUUUUCUCAUAGAGUUGGGAACUAUUUCACAUAUUUCUGCUUCUGUAAUAUUUCAGUUUUUCUCGUUAAAUUAUUUCCUUUUUUUAUGUAAAAUUAUCUUUUAAUGCGAAAUGGUGACAUUUGUCAUAUAAAAUUUGACCUUCAUCACAAUAUUGCCAUUUUUGUUGUUGUUCUUGUAACUUGUAAUUUUUCAAGUAAAAUUAAUCCUUUUGUAAAAGUAAAAUUCAGAUUUUUAUUAUAAUAUUGCCAAAAUGUUGAAGUUUUCUUCUAAAAUUGUGACUUUCGUGGAAUAAAAUUGUGACUCUUUUCAUGAAAUUGUCUUAAUGUUAAGCUUCUCUUGUUAAAUUGCGACUCUUAUUGAGUAAAAUUCCAACUUUUGUCAUAAUAUUGCACUAAUGUAGUUUUUCUUGUAAAAUGUUGACUUGCGUUGAAUAAAAUGACGACUUUUAUUAUAAUACUGCCAACAUUCUGAGUUUUUCUUGUGAAAUGGUGACCUUUUUCAUGUGUGUGUGUGUUCUUCUAUUUCCACCCUUCCCGAGACACCAACAAGGAAAACUUCCAUCCAUAUGAGGAGGUGUGAACAAGUUCGGACAUAAAUCAUAGUCCCAAUACAGAAAACCAUUGCAUCUAAUAGAGAAUGUCUCAUUUGCACCUCUGGUGGUGAAAUCUAUCACAAUGAGGGUGGUCCCAAAAAGGAGGGAUUUAUCUAAUUGACUGUGUGUCGCUUUUAAAAGUGCUCCCCCUCUGGUCAACAUAUGAAAUAACAAGUGCGUGUAAGAAAUUUAAAUGCGCCCCUUUUGGCCAAAAUUAAUUAAAAACAUAAAAUAUGUAUAUAGAGACAUACUGUAAUAACUUGAAGUAAAUAAUGAAGAUUAAAAAACAAUUCCAUCCAUCCAUCCAUUUUCUACCGCUUAUUCUUUUUUGGGAUUGCGGGGGGCGCUGGUGCCUAUCUCAGCUACAAUCGGGCGGAAAGCGAUUACAAAAAAAAAAAAAAAAAAAAAAAUUAACUAAAAGUGGUCUUCUUCUCACAAUGUGUCAACUUUUUUUCUCAUAGAAUUGGGAACUAUUUCUCAUAUUAUUUCUGCUUUUGUAAUAUUGUGAAUAUUUUCUUUUUAAAUUAUUUCCUUUUUUAUGUAAAAUUAUAAAUUUUUAAUGCAAAAUGGUGACAUUUGUCAUAAAAUGUUGACUUUCAUCACAAUAUUGCCAUUUUUUUGUUGUUUUUCUUUUAACUUGUCAUUUCUGAAGUAAGAUUAUGACUUUUGUAAAAGUAAAAUUCAGAUUUUUAUUAUAAUAUUGCCAAAAUGUUGAAGUUUUCUUAUAAAAUUGUGACUUUCGUGGAGUAAAAUUAUGACUUUUUAUAAAAUUGCCAAAAUGUUAGGCUUAUCUUGUAAAAUUGCAACUGUUAUUGUGUAAAAUUCCAACUUUUAGCAUAAUAUUGCACAAAUGUAUAAUUUUUUCUUGUGAAAUUUUGACUUGCGUUGAGUAAAAUGACGACUUUUAUUAUAAUACUGCCAAAAUUCUGAGUUUUUCUUGUGAAAUUGUGACCUUUUUCAUGUGUGUGCGUGCGUGCGUGCGUUCUUGUAUUUCUACCCUUCUUGAGACACCAACAAGGAAAAGUGCCGUCCAUAUGAGGAGGUGUGAACAAGUUAGGACAUAAAUCAUGGUCCCAAUACAGAAAACCAUUGCAUCAAUUAGAGAAUGUCUCAUUUGCACCCCUGGUGGUGAUAUCUAUCACAAUGAGGGUGGUCCCAAAAAGAAGGCUUUUUUCUAAUUGACUGUGUGUCGGUUUUAAAAGUGCUCCCUCUCUGGUCAACAUAUGAAAUAACAAGUGUGUGUAAGAAAUUUAAAUGCGCCCCUUUUGGCCAAAAUUAAUUAAAAACAUAAAAUAUGUAUAUAGAGACAUACUGUAAUAACUUGAAGUAAAUAAUGAUUAAAGAACAAUUACAAAAAAAAUAAAUAAUUAAAAGUAGUCUUUUUCUCAAAAUGUGUCAACUUUUUUUUCUCAUAGAAUUGGGAACUAUUUCACAUAUUUCUGCUUCUGUAAUAUUGCAAUUUUUCUCGUUAAAUUAUUUCCUUUUUUUUAUGUAAAAUUAUUAUCUUUUAAUGCGAAAUGGUGACAUUAUAAAAUUUGACCAUCACAAUAUUGCCAUUUUUUUUGUUGUUCUUGUAACUUCAAAUUUUUUUAGUAAAAUUAUGACUUUUGUAAAAGUAAAAUUCCAAUAAUAAUUAUAAUAUUGCCAAAAUGUUGAAGUUUUCGUAUAAAAUUGUGACUUUCGUAGAGUAAAAUUAUGACUCUUUUCACAAAAUUGUCUUAAUGUUAAGCUUCUCUUGUUAAAUUGUGACUCUUAUUGAGUAAAAUUCCAACUUUUAUCAUAACAUUAAAUAAAUGUAGUUUUUCUUGUAAAAUUUUGACUUGCGUUGAGUAAAAUGACAACUUGUAUCAUAAUACUGCCAAAAUUCUGAGUUUUUCUUGUGAAAUGGUGACCUUUUUCAUGUGUGUAUGUGUGUGUGCGUUCUUGUAUUGUAUCAAGAAGGAAAAGUGUCGUCCAUAUGAGGAGGUGUGAACAAGUUAGGACAUAAAUCAUGGUCCCAAUACGGAAAACCAUUGCAUCUAAUAGAGAAUGUCUCAUUUGCACCCCUGGUGGUGAUAUCUGUUACAUUGAGGGUGGUCCCAAAAGGGAGGGAUUUUUCUAAUUGACUGUGUGUCGGUUUUAAACGUGCUCCCCCUCUAGUCAGCAUAUGAAAUAAGUGUGUGUAAGAAAUUGAAAUGCGCCCCCUUUGGCCGAAAUUAAUUAAGAAGAUAAAAUAUGUAUAUAGAGACAUACUGUAAUAACUUGAAGUAAAUAAUGAUUAAAAAACAAUUACAAAAAAAAUAAAAAUAACUAAAAGUAGUCUUUUUGUCAAAUUUGUGUCAACUUUUUUCUCAUAGAUUUGGGAACUAUUUCACAUAUUUCUGCUUCUGUAAUAUUGCAGUUUUUCUCAUUAAAUUAUUUAUUUUUUUUAUGUAAAAUUAAUAUCUUUUAAUGCGAAAUGGUGACGAUUGUCAUACAAAAUUUGACCUUCAUCACAAUAUUGCCAAUUUUUUUGUUGUUCUUGUAACUUCUAAUUUUUUUAGUAAAAUUAUGACUUUUAUUAAAGUAAAAUUACGAUUUUUUUUUUUAUAAUAUUGCCAAAAUGUUUAAGUUUUCUUGGAAAAUUUUGACUUUCGUAGAGUAAAAUUAUGACUCUUUUCAUAAAAUUGCUAAAAUGUUAAGCUUCUCUUGUGAAAUUGCAACAGUUAUUGUGUAAAAUUCCAACUUUUAGCAUAAUAUUGCACAAAUGUUCAGUUUUUCUUGUAAAAUUUUGACUUGCCUUGAGUAAAAUAAUGACUUUUAUUAUAAUACUGCCAAAAUUCAAAGUUUUUCUUGGGAAAUUGUGACCUUUUUCAUGUGAAAAUGUGUGUGUGUUCUUGUAUUUCUACCCUUCUUGAGACACCAACAAGGAAAAGUGCCGUCCAUAUGAGGUGGUGUGAACAAGUUAGGACAUAAAUCAUGGUCCCAAUACAGAAAACCAUUGUAUCUAAUAGAGAAUGUCUCAUUAGCACCCCUGGUGGUGAAAUCUAUAAAAAUGAGGGUGGUCCUAAAAAGGAUGGAUUUUUUCUAAUUGACUGUGUGUCGAUUUUAAAAGUGCUCCCCUUCUGGUCAACAUAUGAAAUAACAAGUGUGUGUAAGAGAUUGAAAUGCCCCCCCUUUGGCCAAAAUUAAUUAAAAACAUAAAAAUAUGUAUAUAGAGACAUACUGUAAAAACCUGAAGUAAAUAAUGAUUAAAAAACAAUUACAAACAAAAUAAAAAAUAACUAAAAGUAGUCUUUUUCUCACAAUGUGUCAACUUUUUUCUCCUAGAAUAGGGAACUAUUUCACAUAUUUCUGUUUCUGUAAUAUUGCAGUUUUUCUCAUUAAAUUAUUUCCUUUUUUUAUGUAAAAUUAUUAUCUUUUAAUGCGAAAUGGUGACAUUUGUCAUAUAAAAUUUGACCUUCAUCACAAUAUUGCCAUUUUUGUUGUUGUUCUUGUAACUUGUAAUUUUUCGAGUAAAAUUAUGACUUUUGUAAAAAUAAAAUUCAAAUUUUUAUUAUAAUAUUGCCAAAAUGUUGAAGUUUUCGUAUAAAAUUGUGACUUUCGUAUAAAUAAAAUUGUGACUCUUUUCAUAAAAUUGUCUUAAUGUUAAGCUUCUCUUGUUAAAUUGCGACUCUUAUUGAGUAAAAUUCCAACUUUUAUCAUAAUAUUACACAAAUAUAUAGUUUUUCUUGUAAAAUUUUGACUUAAAUUGAGUAAAAUGACGACUUUUAUUAUAAUAAUGCCAAAAUUCUGAGUUUUUCUUGUGAAUUUGUGACUUUUUUCAUGUGAAAUUUUGUGUGUGUGUGUUCUUCUAUUUCCACCCUUCCUGAGACACCAACAAGGAAAAGUGGCGUCCAUAUGAGGAGGUGUGAACAAAUUAGGACAUAAAUCAUGGUCCCAAUACAGAAAACCAUUACAUCUAACAGAGAAUGUCUCAUUUGCACCCCUGGUGGUGAAAUCUAUCACAAUUAGAGUGGUCACCAAAAGGAGUUUUUUUUUCUAAUUGACUGUGUGUCGCUUUUAAAAGUGCUCCCCCUCUGGCCAACAUAUGAAAUAACAAGUGAUGGUAAGAAAUUGAAAUGCGCCCCCUUUGGCCAAAAUUAAUUAAAAACAUAAAAUAUGUAUUUAGACAAAUACUGUAAUAACGAAGUAAAUAAUGAUUAAAAAUGAAUUACAAAAAAAAAAAAAAAAUCUCACAAUGUGUCAACUUUUUUCUCAUAAAUAUGGGAACAAUUUCUCAUAUUAUUUCUGAUUCUGUAAUAUUGUGAAUAUUUAGUUUUUAAAUUAUUUCCUUUUUUUAUGUAAAAUUAUUAUUUUUAAUGCAAAAUGGUGACAUUUGUCAUAUAAAUUUUGACUUUAAUCACAAUAUUGCCAAUUUUUUUGUUGUUCUCGUAACUUGUAAUUUUUGGAGUAAAAUUAUGACUUUUGUAAAAGUAAAAUUCAGAUUUUUAUUAUAAUAUUGCCAAAAUAUUGAAGAUUUCGUAUAAAAUUGUGACUUUCGUAGAGUAAAAUUGUGACUCUUUUCAUAAAAUUGUCUUAAUGUUAAGCUUCUCUUGUUAAAUUGCGACUCUUAUUGAGUAAAAUUCCAACUUUUGUCAUAAUAUUGCACAAAUGUAUAGUUUUUCUUGUAAAAUUUGACUUGCAUUGAGUAAAAUGACGACUUUUAUUAUAAUACUGCCAAAAUUCUGAGUUUUUCUUGUGAAAUUGUGACCUUUUUCAUGUGUGUGCGUGCAUGUGUGUGUUCUUGAGACAUCAAGAAGGAAAAGUUCCAUCCAUAUGAGGAGGUGUGAACAAGUUAGGACAUAAAUCAUGGUCCCAAUACAGAAAACCAUUGCAUCUAAUCGAGAAUGUCUCAUUUGCACCCCUGGUAGUGAAAUCAAAAUGAGGGUGGUCCCAAAAAGAAAGGGUUAUUUUCUAAUGGACUGUCUGUCGAUUUUAAAAGUGCUCCCCCUCUGGCCAACAUAUGAAAUAACAAGUGUGUGUAAGAAAUUGAAAUGAGGCUCCUUUGGCCAAAAUUUAUUAAAAACAUAAAAUAUGUAUAUUGAGACAUACUAUAAUAACGAAGUAAAUAAUGAUUAAAAACCAAUUACAAAAAAAAAAGAAAAAUUCUCACAAUGUGUCGACUUUUUUCUCAUAAAAUUGGGAACAAUUUCUCAGAUAAUUUCUGCUUCUGUAAUAUUGUGAAUAUUUUCUUUUUAAAUUAUUUCCUUCUUAUGUGAAAUUAUACAUUUUUAAUGCAAAAUAGUGACAUUUGUCAUAAAAUUUUGACUUUUAUCACAAUAUUGCCCCUUUUUUUGUUGUUCUUUUAACUUGUAAUUUUUGAAGUAAAAUUAUGACUUUUGGAAAAGUAAAAUUCUGAUUUUUAUUAUAAUAUUGCCAAAACGUUUUUUUUUUAUAAAAUUGUGACUUUUGAGAGAAAAAUUACGACUCUUUUCAUAAAAUUGCCAAAAUGUUAAGCUUUUCUUGUGAAAUUGCAACUGUUAUUUUGUAAAAUUCCAACUUUUAUCAUAACAAAUGUUCAGUUUUUCUUCUAAAAUUUUGACUUGUGUUGAGUAAAAUGACGACUUUUAUUAUAAUACUGCCAAAAUUAUUUUGUGAAAUUUCUUGUGAAAUUAUAAACUUUUUCUUGUGAAAUCUUGUGUGUGUGUGUGUGUGUGUGUGUACUCUCACCCUGACUGUGUGAGCCUGUCCCAGUCGUACUGGGUUCGCCAUCUUGACUUGGAUCUGAGCACAGUGGAAGGAACCAAACACUCCCACCACCUCCAGCAGACCAUCGUCCAACCUGCCGGAGAGACGGCAGACCUCCCGUUACCAUGGUGACCUCUUGCAUGUGAGGUCAAGUAAAGGGGAAGUGAUGGCGAACCUGAUUAAACGUUCGCUUUGUCCAACUCCUUAGUAAACAAACCCCCAGUCUGCUUUGCAAGAAAGCCUCAUCUUUGUGCUCUAACAGUUGCAUUGUACAGUGGAACCUCCAUUUACCAACUCCUUGUUCAAAUAUGAAUAAAAAUACAGUAAAACCUC